AUGCGCCCACACACACACUAGCAGCAUCGCGAGAUCCACACACACUCUCACUCAUAGCAUCAUCACUGCUCUGCUGCACCACAGAGAGAGGCACGCUGAGCAUUCACCCUCUUUCUCUCUCUCUCUCUCUCUCUGCUCCUUCCUCUACUGCGCACUCUCUCUCUGUUCACCUUGGCUGCUGGGUGGUGUGGAGUUCUUGUUGCGUCAGAACCAGAGAGAUCCAGAGACAGCCAUGCCGGGGGAGAGCUCUCACAGAUCUGUCUCCAAAGAAAGACAUCCGGAGCUUGGAGCAGAGCAGACAGGCUUGCCUGAACCAGACAUGACCAGACAUGCCUCCACUGACUCCACUCCUAGUGACAGUGGCUCCACCCCUAGUGACAGCGGCUCUAGUCCCUCCCCCAGCACCCCUCAGAAGCUGCUCCCAUCAUGCACCUCUCCUUUUGGGCCGCGGCUGGUCCGGGCCACGCCCAGCUCGUCCGCGACCCCGCGACCCCAGCCUGAAGGUUCCGACCGUCGCCACAGUAACACGAUCCGGCUUAGCGGGACGUUUGGAGGUCAUGGACCCUGUGGACGUCGCAGCGGACCCGUGAAGAUGGAGAGAAUCAAGGUCCUGAUGGGCUCAGAGGUGGAGAGCGACUACAAGGAGCCAGAGAACAUGGACACACGGGUGGUGAUGGGCCAGGAGGCCCUGCUCAAGACCAAGAAGACCCUGACAGGGAAGUGCCCUUGCAGGCAGAGCAGCCAGGCGAUACCCCUGCCCGGAGGCCCAGUCUUGGAGGUCCCUAACCCUCCCUCAGAACCACAGGCAGAGGCUGGGGAAAAGGCCCAACUGGACACAGGGCAGGAGAGAGACAAUUCACCUCUGACCCCAAAGAUAGAGCAGGAGAGAAUCCCUGUCCUGCCCAUUAGCCCUCUCCUCAACCCUCUCCUAACCCCCCUCAUCCCUGCCUCCCCUCCCUCCUCAGAGCCAGUCACAGUGGAUGUUAGUUUGACGGGCAGCUCAAGCCCUUUGGAGGCAGGGCUGUCUCCCUAUGGUGAAAUGCCUUUUGUAUGUUCCAUGUAUGCCAUGCCCUCCCUGUCCGAGCCAGCCUAUCCCCCUGCUAUCCUGUCCUUCACUGAGCCGGCCUAUGCCGUGGACCCUCUGAGAGUGGGCGUUCCCUCAUCCCUGGAUCCUGACCUGUACUACACCGCCCCCUCCACCCCCAUCAAGAUAGCUGCUCACCCCUCACACCUCAAACAUCGCUCUUACCCUGGCUCUCCAGCCUCUCCCCUCUCACAAAACUCCCCCUCGGACAGCGAGGACCUGUGCUCCCCCCUCACCUCCCCCUCUGGCUCCUACGUCACAGCGGAGGGGGGCAGCUGGACCUCUUCCACCUCCCCCUGCACCUCCCCCAAUCUGCUCCUGGCAGAGGAGGUGCAGGAGGCACCUGCAUGCUUUGUCAGCUCGCUGUCCGAAAUCGGAGAUGAGGUGGGAGAGGAUAGGGGAGCAGUAGGGGAGAGGGCAGAGAAGGGAGGAGGAGCAGCAGAGUGGCGGUUCUGCCUCUAUAAGGGUCUAGCAGAGACUGUGAUUCUGGAGGAGGAAGAGGUGCUGAGAGGGGAGGUGCGGGGGAGGGGGAGUGAGGAAGCGACAGUCUCAAGGGGUAGCUGUCGCCCUCGCUGGGUGACAGAGGACACUUCCCCAUUGAGGAGCAGCAGCGGCAGAAGCACUGACUCCCAGGAAGAGGGAGGGGAGUCGGAGGGCUCGCUCUGCCCAGCAGAGGAUGCUCUAGCUGGGGGACAGCAGUACUCUAGUCCCCUGCUGCAAAGAGGCCUGGAGCUGGAGCUGCAGGCCUGUGUGGCUGAGGAACUUUACCCUCCCAUUGCCAACCCAGAGGAUGGAACAGACUCCCCACGGUUGACCUCCAUGUCCUUCCCCUUCGCCCCAGUCAUGGGGAACCUAACCCAUCACACCUCCAGUGUCAACCCUGCCUCCCCCAAACUUCCCCUGGACACCUGCUCUCCAGAUGUGUCAGACGGGGAUAACUCCAGUCCAUACGGAGAGAUGGGUACCUUCCUUCUGUUUCCAGGCUCCUACAGUGAUGAUGGAGAGAUGGAGGAGGAGGAGGAGGAGAGGAUGAUCCCAGCCUCUCUGCUUAACUUUCCCCUCCACACCAGCCUCCUCUUUCAGGCAGACUCCAUGGAGAUCACUCUCUUCCCCACAGAGGAGGGGAAUGAGGGAGGAGAGAGAAACGACAGGAACGAAGGGAACGAUGUGGAUGCAUACGCGGCCGGAGAGGAGGAGGGGGACGUGGAGGAUGAUGAUGAAGAUGAUGAUGAGGAAGAAGUGGAGGCUAAGGUAGAGAUAGAGGAGGCUAAGGUAGAAAUAGCGAUAGAGGAAGAGGUUGAUGAAGAGGAGGAAGAGGAGGAGGAGGGUGAGGGUAAGGCUGUAGAUGACCCAGCUGAAGAGGACAACUCGGCCUCCUUCCUUCAUUCACUGUCGGAGACUUCCAUCAACGAAGGUCUGGAUGAGUCCUUCUGUUUCCAUGAUGACACUGACGACUCACUAGACUCCGCCUCUUAUAAUGGCGAAGAGGAUGAGCGGCUGUACAGCACAGAGAGACAUGCUGAACCACCCACAGGACCACCCACAGAUCCACACCAAGCCAAACCUCAGCCUGAAACUAGACCAGAGGCCCACAGCACUGAACUGUCUCAGUCCCAGAGCAGACCUAGCCUAAUCAAUCCCCCAGGAGACAAAGAGCCCCGGCCUGAACCACCACAACCACAACCUGCACUUGAACCUGCCCAACUUGCGGAAUCAGCCCACCCCAAGUCCUCGAACAGCGGCAAUGGGAGUGAAAUGGAGACCUCAGAGUUCUCUGACCCUCCUGUCCCCUCUCCUCCUCAGGAGAGCCCUUCUGUCUCUACCCUUACCCCUAAACCUUCUACAACCCCUUACCCUGCCUCGAUUACCCCAAAGACUACCCCUGGUACCGUGUCAACCCCUAAAACCAAGCCUGCAUCUCUCUCUAACCCCAACACUAACUUUGCUCCUGCCCCUAAUGCUAAAUCUGCUACUGUCUGUACCACUAACACUAACCCUGCUACAGCCUCAACCCCACAAAAUAACUCUGCUACUGCCUCCACCCCCAAAACUAACCCUGCUACUGUUUGUACACUUGAAAUUAACCCUGCUACGGUCUCUACCCCUAAUACUAACAGUGCUCUUGCCCCUAACGCUAAAUCUCCUACGGCCUGUACCACUAACACCAACCCUGCUACAGCCUCAACCCCCAAAACUACCCCAGGUACAUGCUCUACCCCAAACCCUACUGUUACUCCUAACACUAACCCUGCUGCUACAAUCGAGGAGACAGCGUCCCACAGCAAUCCUGUCACCCUGGCAACCCUGCCAUCCCAUAACAGCCCUGUGACCCUGGCAACAGAAGCAGGGCAAGCCAAAGCAGCUGCAGAGGAAGUACAGGCUGGUACGGUGAGAGAGGAGGACAAAAGGAGCGGUGAAAAGAGAGAGAAAGACAAACAGAGCAGUGGGGAGAGAGGAAAGGACAAACAGAGCAGUGGGGAGAGAGGAAAGGACAAACAGAGCAGUGGGGAGAGAGGAAAGGACAAACAGAGCAGUGGGGAGAGAGGAAAGGACAAACAGAGCAGUGGGGAGAGAGGAAAGGACAAACAGAGCAGUGGGGAGAGAGGAAAGGACAAACAGAGCAGUGGGGAGAGAGGAAAGGACAAACAGAGCAGUGGGGAGAGAGUAAAGGACAAACAGAGCGGUGGGGAGAGAGGAAAGGACAAACAGAGCAGUGGGGAGAGAGGAAAGGACAAACAGAGCAGUGGGGAGAGAGGAAAGGACAAACAGAGUGGUGGGGAGAGAGGAAAGGACAAACAGAGCAGUGGGGAGAGAGGAAAGGAUAAACAGAGCAGUGGGGAGAGAGGAAAAGACAAACAGAGGGGUGCGGAGAGAGAGAAGGAUGAACAGAGUACAGAGACUUCCGACGAGGAUCACACAGAGCAGACAGACAGAGACUCGUUCAAACUACUCAUUAAGCCACACCCCUCUAAGUCAGACACACCCCGGCCUAAACAGAAGACCUCUGAGCCCCGUAAGCCACUCCCACGUGUGUUUGGGGUGGCAGCGGCUUCAAUCCGGUCCAAACCGCUUCUGGUGUCAGUGAUGGAACUGGACCAGAAGAAUGAGAACAGCAGUGCUGAAGGUGUGGACUCCCAUCAGGUCCUUGAAGGGACCACUGCCACCAAUGACCUAAACAAGGGGGUCCCUCUGCUCUCGUACCCGAAAGAGCCUAACCCCAGCAACAUCCCUGUCUCCUCCUGCCCUGAGAGCUCACCUGACCUGGCUGACAACCUGUCCCUGACCCCUGACAUCUGCCCAUGUGACCCCGCCCAGGAGAACCUGAGGGAGAACACCCUGAGUACUGAGGACGGGGGCCCUGGGGCCCUGGGCUCCCCUCACACACCCCUGGCUGUCUCUCCCAAGAGGGAGAACUCAGAGACAGACGCCGGAGGUAGGAGGGGGGUUGGGGGCUGGGGGGCAGGGGAGGCCCAAUCUCUCUCUCUGGGGCAGGGCUGUGGGUUGGAGGCACAGAGCGUGUUACUGUGUGAGGUGGAGGGGCAUGCUGUUGGACAGACAAUUGGACAGACGAUUGGACAGACACUCUCCGGGCUGCCCAAUGUCGGCACAGACGAGGAUGAGGUGGAUGAUAUAAUGGGGGACGAAGAAGACAACAACAGCCUGUGUGGUCGGCCAGACAAGAUGGCAGAUGUUGAGCUUGUGGGAGAGGGAGUGCCAGAGUCCAACCUGUCCAGCUGGAGGUCCAUCGAGGAGAUAUCAGAGGCAGGGGGAGGAGAGGACGGAAGCUCCCAAUUCCCAGAGGAUGAUGUCAGCAACCUGCAGAGUCGCCCAGAAAACAAGGAGCAGGAAAACAACAACAAUGACUCAGUGUUCCUAUCCUCUGGAAUGCCAACCUGUGUGACUCUGAAUGCCCUGUCAGAGGACGUGAGACACCAGAGCCAGAGUGUGAGUCUGAGGGCAUCCCUCUCAAACAUACCAAUCACAGAGGUGAGACCACAGGCUGCUGCAGCCUCCGAUAGGCCAACAACAUCAACGGACAGCUCAACACACCAAUCAGACAUAAGACAGGCUUCCUCGUCCAUGGAAAGCCCUGGGCGUGUCUCACCACUAGGGGGUAAACCACAGACCGUUUCAGACCAGAGCUCUGGUUCAGUAGAGGCAGCCAUUUCCAGACCCAACAGUAACACAGAUAUUAACCCAGCAGUCAAACAGGCUGACCUUGCUAUAUCUCUGCUGGGUGGGGCAUUUGGAUCCUUCAGUCAUAAAAUCAGACCAAGCAACUCCAAGUCAGGCAGACUGCCCCAAGAAACUUCCUCAUCAAUGAGCAAAGACACAGUAGAGAAUGUCCAAGUCUCCCAAGAAACGUCUCUCUCAGUGGGCAAAGACACAGUAGAGAAGGUCAAAGUUUCCCAAGAAACUUCCCCAUCAGUGAGCAAAGUCACAGUAGAGAAGGUCCAAGUCUCCCAAGAAUUGUCCCUAUCAGUGGGCAAAGACACAGUAGAGAUGGCAAAGACACAUGAGCAAGAAAUGAGCAAAGACACAGUAGAGAAAGUCCAAGUUUCCCAAGAAAAUUCCCCGUCAGUGAGCAAAGACACAGUAGAGAAAGUCCAAGUUUCCCAAGAAACUUCACCGUCAGUGAGCAAAGACACAGUAGAGAAGGUCCAAGUUUCCCAAGAAACUUCCCCAUCAGUGAGCAAAGUCACAGUAGAGAAGGUCCAAGUCUCCCAAGAAUUGUCCCUAUCAGUGGGCAAAGACACAGUAGAGAUGGUCCAAGUUUCCCAAGAAUUUCCCCCAUCAGUGGGCAAAGACACAGUAAAGAAUGUCCACGUUUCCCAAGAAUUCUUCCUAUCAUUGGGCAAAGACACAGUAGAGAAGGUCCAAGUUUUUCACGAAACUUCCCCAUCAAUGAGUAAAGACACAGAAGAGAAGUUUCAAGUUUCCCAAGAAAUUUCCCCAUCAAUGAGCAAAGACACAGUAGAGAAAGUACAAUUUUCCCAAGAAUGUUCUCCAUCAGUGAGCAAAAACACAGUAGAGAAAGUCCAAUUUUCCCAAGAAUGUUCUCCAUCAGUGAGCAAAAACAUAGUAGAAAAUGUCCAAGUCUCCCAAGAAACUUCCCCAUCAGUGGGCAAAGACACAGUAGAGAAGGUCAACAUUUCCCAAGAAACUUCCCCAUCAGUGAGCAAAGACACAGUAGAGAAGGUCCAAGUAUUCCAAGAACCAUCCCUAUCAGUAGGCAAAGACACGGUAGAGAAGGUCGAAGUUUCCCAAGAAAUUUCCCCAUCAAUGAGCAAAGAGAUAGUAGAGAAGGUCGACAUUUCCCAAGAAACAUCCCCAUCAGUGAGCAAAGACACAGUAGAGAAGGGCCAAGUAUCCCAAGAAUCGGCCCUAUCAGUUGGCAAAGACACAAUAGAGAAAGUCCAAGUUUUCCAAGAAACUUUCCCAUCAGUGAGCAAAGACACAGUAGAGAAGGUCAAAGUUUCCCAAGAAACUUUCCCAUCAGUGAGUAAAGACACAGUAGAGAAGGUCCAAGUCUCCAAAGAAUCCUCCCUAUCAGUGGGCAAAGAUACAGUAGAGAAGGUACAAGUUUCCCAAGAAACUUCCCCAUCAGUGAGCAAAGACACAGCGGAGAAGGUCCAAGUUGUCCAAGAAUCUUCCCUAUCCCUAUCAGUGGGCAAAGACACGGUAGAAAGUGUGAAAAAACUCUGUUCCCAGCCUCAGCCAGAGGAGACAGAGCCACAGAUGAUGAGCCAAAGAGAGGGUGGUGGCGGUCAGACGACUGAUAGGCACAUUGACCAACCAAAGAUGAGCGUGGCCUUAGAAGGGCAGGAGAGCAGUGUUUGUAUCUCAGGGGAAAGUGAGGUGGAGGAGAGAGCAGAGGAGAGAUUCUCUCCAACAGAAAGUAUUCCAGAACCUGCACAGCGUCAGACACCUGAGGGAGAGCUGAGCACAGAGAAAGCCAUCACUCCUCCUCAGCCAGAGAGGAGAGGGAAGCAGAGAAAGCAGAGCAGAGACAGACCCAGUCAGCUGCGCAGACAAUCUACAUCAGGCACUGGGUCUACUGAUCAACCACAGAAACCGGCUCUCGCUACCAAGACCCUAGCAGACACCUCCCCACCAGGAAAACAAAAGAAUACGAACACGAGGGGACAAAAAUCUGUUGCAGAUACCAGACAGAGGAAACCUGUGAAGGGCAAACCUGAAGCAGAGUCCGGGAGGAGAGGGGAAAACAGAAACGUCUCCGUUGCCCCGACUCCCCUAGUCCUACCAAACUCUGCCCUAUAG